AUGUCUCACAGAAAAUACGAAGCUCCACGUCACGGUCAUUUAGGUUUCUUACCAAGAAAGAGAGCCGCCUCCAUCAGAGGUAGAGUUAAGUCUUUCCCAAAGGAUGAUCAAUCUAAGCCAGUUGCUUUAACCUCUUUCUUAGGUUACAAGGCUGGUAUGACUACCAUUGUCAGAGAUUUAGACAGACCAGGUUCUAAGUUCCACAAGAGAGAAAUCGUGGAGGCUGUCACUAUUGUUGAUGCUCCAGAAAUUGUCGUUGUUGGUGUUGUCGGUUAUGUCGAAACCCCAAGAGGUUUAAGAUCCUUGACCACCGUCUGGGCUGAACAUCUUUCUGAUGAAGUUAAGAGAAGAUUCUACAAGAACUGGUACAAGUCCAAGAAGAAGGCCUUCUCCAAGUACUCCGCCAAGUACGCUCAAGAUGGCGCUGAAAUUGAAAGAGAAUUAGCCAGAUUAAAGAAAUACGCCACUGUCAUCAGAGUUCUUGUUCACACUCAAAUUAGAAAGACCCCAUUGACUCAAAAGAAGGCUCACUUAGCUGAAAUUCAAUUGAACGGUGGUUCCAUUGAAGACAAGGUCAACUGGGCUAAGGAACAUUUCGAAAAGACUGUUUCUGUUGACUCCGUCUUUGAACAAAACGAAAUGAUCGAUGUCGUUGCUGUUACCAAGGGUCACGGUUUUGAAGGUGUCACUCACAGAUGGGGUACCAAGAAGUUACCAAGAAAGACCCAUAGAGGUUUAAGAAAGGUUGCUUGUAUUGGUGCUUGGCAUCCAGCUCACGUUAUGUGGACUGUUGCUCGUGCUGGUCAAAACGGUUACCACCACAGAACUUCCAUUAACCACAAGAUUUACAGAAUUGGUAAGGGUGAUGAUGAAGCUAACGCUUCCACCAACUUUGAUAGAACCAAGAAGACCAUUACCCCAAUGGGUGGUUUUGUUCACUACGGUCACGUUAACAAUGACUACGUUAUGUUAAAGGGUUCUAUCCCAGGUAUCAGAAAGAGAGUUGUUACUUUAAGAAAGUCCUUAUACACUAACACCUCCAGAAAGGCCUUAGAAGAAGUUACCUUGAAAUGGAUUGACACUUCCUCUAAAUUCGGUAAGGGUAGAUUCCAAACCCCAGCUGAAAAGCAUGCUUUUAUGGGUACUUUAAAGAAGGAUUUAUAA